AUCGGAGCGGACUCGGAGCCUUACGUUACAUCGCCGCUUCUGUCGAUGUAUGCCUAGCGUCCAGGUUACCCCUCUUGGAUGUUCGUUGCGCCACGAGAUAGCGACGAGGGACAGAGGCAGGCGUCUAUUAGAGAGCCUCGUCUCUUCAUCGGCUUGGCACCCCUGACAUACAAAUUUUGAACACAGAACAUAUUGGAACCUUCCGGCUACAGACCACUAAACCCAUAGAGCUAUGUCACAACACGUGGCUGUCGUUGGUGGCGGCGUCAUCGGCCUCAGCUGUGCCUUGCUUCUUCGGCAGGGCGGCUACGCCGUAACCAUCAUCGCUCGGGACUUCCCUGCGCCCUUCGAGACCAUGGACCCUUCCACCAAGAUCAACUACACCUCCCCCUGGGGCGGUGCUCACAACCGCUGGGUGCCUCCACACCCCUCCCUCCCGGCCUCCCUCAAGCGUGAGCACGAGAUGUCGCUCCGGACCUUCGCGCACAUGAAGAGCCUGCACGCGUCGCACCCCCAUACCGCGGGCAUUACCUUCCUCAAGGGGAUUGAGUACAUCGAGUCUCCCGCGCCCGAAUACCUCGCGCUAUCGACGCCGUCCAACCCCAACGCCCUCGAUCUCCCGGGCUUCCGCUUGCUCGACGCCUCCGAGUUCCCCGCCGACGGCAAAGUCACGUGGGGCUGUGAGUACGACACGUGGUGUGUCAACCCGAUGGUGUACUGCGCCUUCCUGCUGCGCCGGUUCGUGCACCGCGGGGGCCGGGUGCUGCAGCGGGAGCUGCGCCGGCCCGAGGAGGCCUUCUCGCUGCUCGCGUCAGAGGAGCCCGGCCUGGGAAAGAUCGCGGCAGUGGUCAACGCGUCCGGCACGGGUCUUGUCCCGGACCCGGCCAUGACCAUCACCCGCGGCCAGACUUGUCUCGUGGCCGAGGAGUGCGAUGCCACGGUGACGCGGCAGAAUGCGGACGGCAGCUGGACCUUCUGCGUCCCCCGCGGCUUUGAGGGCGGCACGAUUAUUGGCGGGACGAAGGAGCUGAACGAUUGGAAUCCCAAGCCGUCCAUGGAGGUGAGGGAGAGGUUGUUGAAGCGGUUUGCGGAGACGUACCCUAAGAUUCUCAGCGGAAAGGCCGAGAUGACGGUGAUUAGGGACAUUGUCGGGCGGAGGCCGACGAGGACUGGCGGGCCGAGGGUCGAAGGCGAGCUGGUGCCCGGUGCCGGGUUUGUGAUGCAUGCGUACGGGCUUGGUGGAAGGGGUUAUGAGCUGUCGUGGGGGGUCGCCGAGGCCGUAGUCGAGGGAGUGGAAAGGCAUGUCAAAGGUGAAGAGCCAAAGCUGUAGCCAGGUCGUUCUUGACGAAAGCACUCGCACUCCCCAACCACCCCUUCCCCUCUAUGAGUAUACGUAAUUUCCUUGCGCUCGUCUUCCAAUUGUGUUGUGAUGAGGUUGAUAUCCAUUACAGAGUUGCGUACUCGAGCGUGAAGCCUUGAUCAUUCAUUCCAUGCCAUCCCACCAGCUCCCUCCC